AUGGGUGAUUAUUUAACUCCAUCAGAUUUACCUCAACCUAAGUUGAAAAGAACCAAUACUGGGUUCACGCCUAAUCAAAUUAUUGCUCUUGAUGCUUCGAUUCCAGAAUCGGCCAAAAAAUUAUGGAAUAAGUAUAGUCAAUUAGCACCUUUUGACUCGAGUUUGAAAAACAAACAGGAUUUGAAUCAAAAGGAUACCGUUAUCACUAAUAAUGAAAGAUUCCAAGAAUCGUUUGUUAAUCAUGUUGAAACUACUUUAGCCCGUAAUAUGUAUAAUUGCGAUGAUUUAGCAGCUUAUCUUGCUAGUGCACAAACUAUUAGAGAUGGGUUAUUGAUUGAUUGGUCAAAUACCCAACAAAAGCAAACUAUUCACGACGGUAAAAGAGUUUAUUACUUAUCUUUGGAAUUCUUAAUGGGUAAAGCAAUGGAUAAUGCAUUGAUUAAUUUGAAAACCAGAGAUCGUACUCGGGAUAAUUUAGAUUUGUUGGGGUUUAAUUUAGAAGAUGUAUUAUCAAAAGAACCCGAUGCCGGGUUGGGUAAUGGUGGCUUAGGUAGAUUGGCUGCUUGUUAUGUCGAUAGUUUAAGUUCGAAGAAUUAUAGUGGAUGGGGUUAUGGAUUAAACUAUCAAUACGGGAUUUUUAAACAAAAAAUUGUCGAUGGUUAUCAAGUUGAAGUACCAGAUUAUUGGUUAAAAUUUUCAAAUCCAUGGGAAAUCGUACGUCACGAAAUUCAGAUUCCAGUUGAUUUCUAUGGAUAUGUUCAUGAAGAAUAUGAUUCAAACUUACAAAAAAAUGUUAAAACUUGGCAUGGUGGUCAAAGAGUUUUGGCAAUUGCUGUUGAUUUCCCAAUUCCUGGUUAUAAUACUACUAAUACCAAUAAUUUAAGAUUAUGGAAUGCUAAGCCAACGCAUGAAUUUGAUUUUACUAAAUUCAAUUCUGGUGAUUAUGUUCUGUCAGUGGCUCAACAACAAGAAGCUGAAUCGAUUACUUCAGUCUUAUAUCCAAAUGAUAAUUUUUAUAAAGGUAAAGAAUUAAGAUUAAAACAACAAUAUUUUUGGGUUGCUGCUUCAUUACAUGAUAUUAUUCGUCGUUUUAAGAAAAAUCAUAAAACAAAUUGGAAAAUUUUACCAGAUAAAAUUGCCAUUCAAUUAAAUGAUACUCAUCCAACUUUGGCUGUUGUUGAAUUACAAAGAAUUUUGGUAGAUUUAGAAGGUUUAGACUGGGAUUUUGCUUGGUCAAUUGUUACUAGAGUUUUCGCUUAUACUAAUCAUACAGUUAUGGCUGAAGCUUUAGAAAAAUGGCCAGUAGAAUUAUUAGGUAGAUUAUUACCUAGACAUUUAGAAAUCAUUUAUGAUAUUAAUUACUAUUUCUUAAAAGAUGUUGAACAUCGUUUUCCUAAUGAUCGCGAUUUAUUAACUAGAGUUUCCAUUGUGGAAGAAGGUGAUCCAAAAUCCAUUAGAAUGGCUUAUUUGGCCAUUAUCGGAUCUCAUAAAGUUAAUGGUGUUGCGGAAUUGCACUCUGAAUUAUUAAAAUCUACUUUAUUCAAAGAUUUCGUUACCAUUUUUGGUUCUGAUAAAUUUACCAACGUUACUAAUGGGGUUACUCCAAGAAGAUGGUUAAGACAAGCAAACCCUGAAUUAGCUAAGUUAAUUAGUGAACAAUUAAAUGAUCCAAAUUAUGACUAUUUAACUAAUUUAGGUAAUUUGAAAAAAUUAGAACAUUUUAUUAAUGAUGAUAAAUUUUUAACCAAAUGGGAUAACAUUAAAUUUAAUAAUAAAGUUAGAUUAGCUAAUUUAAUCAAACAAGAAACUGGUAUUGAAGUUGAUCCAACUGUUUUAUUUGAUAUCCAGGUUAAAAGAAUCCAUGAAUAUAAAAGACAACAAUUGAACAUUUUUGCAGUUAUUUAUCGUUAUUUACAUAUUAAAGAAUUGUUAAGUCAAGGUCAUUCAAUUGAUGAUAUUAAAAAGAAUUAUUAUGUGUCAAAAUUAUCUGUAAUUGGUGGUAAAGCUGCUCCUGGUUAUUAUAUGGCUAAAACUAUUAUUCAUCUCGUUAAUGAAGUUUCAAGAGUUAUUAAUAGUGAUGAUUCAAUUGAUAAUUUAUUGAAAGUUGUCUUUAUUCCAGAUUAUAAUGUUUCAAAAGCUGAAAUCAUUUGUCCAGCUUCGGACUUGUCAAAUCAUAUUAGUACUGCUGGUACCGAAGGUUCAGGUACCUCUAACAUGAAAUUUGCUUUAAAUGGUGGGCUUAUCAUUGGUACUGUUGAUGGUGCUAAUGUAGAAAUAACUAGAGAAAUUGGUGAAGAUAACAUUUUCCUUUUUGGUAACUUGGCUGAAUCAGUUGAAGAAAUUAGACAUAAGCAUUACUAUGAAGGUGUAUCAAUUCCUCAAACUUUGGCUAAGGUUUUCGGUGCCAUUGAAUCGGGUCAAUUCGGUAAUCCAGAUGGUUAUAGACCUUUGAUUGAAAGUAUUAGAAAUCAUGGGGAUUACUAUUUGGUUAGUGAUGAUUUUGAUUUAUUCUUAGAAGCCCACCAAAAGUUAGAACAAGUCUAUGGUCAUCACGGUGGUGAUGCCUCUGAUAAAGACCACUUACAUAGAUGGGUUAAAAAGUCAGUCUUGUCUGUUGCUAAUAUGGGUUUCUUUAGUUCUGAUAGAUGUAUUGAUGACUACGCUGAAAAUAUCUGGGAGGUUGAGCCUCUCAACCAAUAG